CUCCGCUGAGGCGGAAGUAAGCGCUCUGGAACGCAGUGUGAGUGUGUGUGAUGAAGUUGGAGUUGUGAGUUUAUCCGCUGUCUUGUGUUGUUCAGUGUGUGUGUGUGUGUAUGUUUGAGAGAGCCGUGUCCGCGGGUCAGUAUGAGGCGGAGAGAGAAGAGGUUUCUGCAGGUUGUUGUGUUGAUCAUCGCCGCGCUGCUUUUCCUCCACAGCGGCGCUCUGAGGAACUCCACCACCGGAAACACCGAGCUCUCUCACACACAGGGAGUACUCAGGAAGCUGAAGCCUGAAGACAGAGUGGGCAGUCAGAGGAGGAAAGACUGGCACGACUAUGAGGCUAUAAAGAGAGAUGCAGCACGAACAGGAAACGGAGAGCAGGGUAAAGCGUUCCCUCUGACUGAUGCAGAACGAGUGGAUCAGGCUUACAGAGAGAAUGGCUUCAAUAUUUACGUCAGCGACAGAAUCUCACUCAACAGAUCACUGCCUGACAUCCGCCACCCAAACUGUAAACACAAGCUGUAUGCUGAGAAUCUCCCCAACACCAGCAUCAUUAUUCCGUUCCAUAACGAGGGCUGGAGUUCAUUACUGCGCACCGUGCACAGCAUUCUAAACCGCUCGCCACCUCACCUCAUCACCGAGAUCAUCCUCGUAGACGACUUCAGUGACCGAGAACACCUGAAGGCCCCGUUGGAGGAGUACAUGGCCCGGCUGCAGAAGGUGCGCGUCGUUCGCACUCAGAAGCGUGAGGGUCUGAUCAGGACCAGACUGCUGGGGGCAUCGCUCGCUACGGGACAGGUCAUCACCUUCCUUGACUCGCACUGUGAGGCUAACGUCAACUGGCUCCCCCCACUCCUGGAUCGUAUUGCACAGAACCGUAAGACGAUUGUGUGCCCGAUGAUUGACGUGAUCGAUCAUGAUAACUUCGGCUACGAGACCCAGGCAGGAGAUGCCAUGCGUGGAGCGUUCGACUGGGAGAUGUUCUACAAACGCAUCCCCAUCCCCCCCGAGCUGCAGAACCGCGACCUGAGCGAACCCUUCGAGUCUCCAGUGAUGGCCGGUGGAUUGUUUGCUGUAGACAGGAAGUGGUUUUGGGAAUUGGGAGGAUAUGAUAUGGGACUGGAGAUCUGGGGAGGAGAACAGUACGAGAUUUCCUUUAAGGUAUGGAUGUGUGGAGGUCGUAUGGAGGACAUUCCCUGCUCUCGGGUCGGCCAUAUAUACAGGAAAUACGUUCCUUACAAGAUGCCUGGAGGAGUGAGCCUAGCUAGGAACCUGAAGCGAGUGGCGGAGGUGUGGAUGGAUGAGUAUGCAGAGCAUAUUUAUCAGCGGCGGCCGGACUAUCGCCCGCUGUCUGUGGGAGACUUGAGUGCACAGAGGGAGCUCCGCCUCCGACUCGGCUGCAAGAGCUUCCAUUGGUUCAUGACUGAGGUGGCCUGGGACUUACAGCACCACUACCCUGCUGUGGAACCCCCUGCUGCUGCCUGGGGGGAGCUGCGUAACAUGGGCAGUGGGCUGUGUGUAGAGAGUAAACCAUCGGCGUCCGGUUCUCCUCUCAGGCUGGAGCCGUGUGUAAAAGGUCGAGGGGAUGCGCUGUGGAAUCACGCACAGGUGUUUACAUUUGGGUGGAGGGAGGACAUCAGGCUUGGAGAUCCUCUACACACGAAGAAAGUGUGUUUAGACGCCGUUUCACACAGCAGCCCUGUCACACUGUACGACUGUCACGGCAUGAAGGGCAACCAGCUGUGGAGAUACAGGAAGGACUACACUCUGUUCCACCCGGUCAGUAACAGCUGUAUGGACAGCGACUCAUCUGAUAAACGGAUUUUCAUGAACUUGUGUAAUGCGGCGUCUCUGAGUCAGCAGUGGAGAUUUGAGAACGUCAACAUCACUGUUCUAGAGCGGUUCAACAGGAACCUGCCUGCACUGUGAGAACCUCAGCUUCAGAACAUCUGCAGUUUUACCGGCUGCUUUUCUGCACAUGUGGAUUAGUUUCAGGUUCUGGGCAGCGCAGGGUUUUGGGAUGUGGAUUGGAGCUGAUGGAUUCUCUAAAGGAGAUUUUUGAUUUGAUUUUCUUUUCUUUUCGCUGCAUUAGAGGAACCGUGUGUGUGUGUGUGUGAAGUGUGUAAAUGAUGCACACUGAUUUAUUAUGAUCCAUAGAUCACAUGUUGGAACGUGACGCUGUUAAACCUGCGUACGACAAUAACAGAUCACGUGACAUCACAGUUUACGAUGUCAUCACAGUAUUUUAUUUAAAACUCAAUGUUAAAUCUUAAACGUGUUCCUCGGUCGGAGCGACCUUUCUGGCCACCGUCUUCUUCACACACUCCGCUCCAAAAUCAGAACAAUUCCCCAGGACUGCAGACAUGCUCACUACCUAGGCACCCUAAUUCUGAAUCCUGAAUGGAACACAGCACAAUAAGUGUGUUGUGGGUGGCGGGGGUAUUUGGCAUCACUAAUCAUUAUGAAAAUGUGUAUUUGCACUUUCCUGCAUAUUUCUGGGGGAUUUCUUUCUUUACUUCUGGUUGUUAUUAAAAGUCGCUGGGUUUUCUUCUGUUUAAUUCUGUCUGAUACAUAAAAUCUACAAUUCUAUUAUUAAUCAACAUUAAAUUUAAGAUUAUAUGGAUUCAAAUUAUUGUUUAAUUUAGUUUCUGGACCCAACGUUGGGUUUUGUCCCGAAAGCUUGAGUUCCAGUGUAAUUGAGAAGAAGAACACGAUGAUCUUGAUGAAUUUAUUGAAUGAACAGUUUGAUAAAAUUCUAUUUUGUAUAUUUCUAUUUUCUUGUUGUUGUUUUUUUACCUUUACAAAAAUGUGAGAUGAUUUUUAAAUACAACAACAACGUGGAGAGAAAAGCUGAAAUUUGUAUGUGUAGCGAAUCCCAGAAGAAAUUAUAUAUUUUUCUACAUAAAAUUAAAUCUAUUUCAGUACUGAAUAUGAAAAUGGAAUUACAACAUUUUAAUGAAAAAUAUUAAAUAAAUGGUUUUGUAUCUGUCUAUCAGGGUCAGGUAUAAAAUCUGAUAUCUAAAUUGUGUGUGCUGUUUUG